AUGGCAACCACCGACUUCCAGGACUGGGAGCUUCUCCACUCCAGCUCCGACUCUGAUUCCGCCCCGCUCAGCUGCCCCGACUCCGACGAGUCUUUCAACGAGAUUGACGCCGGAGGUUUGAUUCAGGUCAAUUAUUUCUCCUUGGAUGCUCAUAAUAGUUUCGGGGAGGACAUGGGUGAUGAUAAAUCCGCUGCCGAGUCCGAUAAUCCUAGCUGGAUCGAUCCCGAGUCGGAGGGGAAACCGACCCGGUACAUCAAUAGGGAGUCCGGCGAGUUUUGGUCCGAUUCCGGCAGCGACAGGUCCGAAGACCGGAAAGUUGGCCAAACGGAAGCGAAAAAGGAAAUGUUUUUUUCCCACGACGAGGAAAGGGAAGUCAGGGUUGAAGGGGCUGGCGAAAUAUUGGAGGAGGAUUUGGGAGUCGAAAUUAGCUCCACCGAACAUGGAGACGUUUCGUGCCAAGAAAAUAAUGUAAUGGAGAGGAAUGAGAGUGGGGACGAGGUUAUGGUGGAUGGCGAAAGCAAGGAAAAUGGCGAGCUUAAGAAGAGGAGUAUGGUGUGGUGGAAGAUGCCGGUAGAGUUUCUUAAGUACUGUGUGUUUAGAAUGAGCCCUGUGUGGGCCUUCUCGGUUGCAGCUGCUGCUAUGAUGGGGUUUGCCAUUUUGGGCCGAAGGUUGUACAAGAUGAAGAAGAGGACAAAGGGAUUGGAGAUCAAGGUUACUGUUGAUGGCAAGAAUGUCUCUCAAGUUAUGAGCCGUGCUGCCCGAUUGAAUGAAGCUUUCUCAAUUGUGAAAAGGGUUCCAGUGAUUCGACCCUCGCUGCCUGUUGUUGGCUCGACUACCACCUGGCCUAUAAUGAGUCUGAGAUAA